AUGGCGUCGCUGCAUUCGUUGUCGUCUGGAAGUGGAAUUGCUGAUCCAGAUGCCACAAAUCCUUUCAUACAGAUACACUUACCAACACAAGCUGAUCCAGAUGCCACAAAUCCUUUCAUACAGGUGCACUUACCAACACAAUCUGAUCCAGAUGCCACAAAUCCUUUCAUACAAUUACACUUACCAACACAAGCUGAUCCAGAUGCCACAAAUCCUUUCAUACAGUUUUUAUUUAAUUUAAGCAUCACUUCAAUUACGGCGUCCGUAGGACCAGGCGCACCCCAAGCUGCCUUCGUCAUCUUGGCAAUUGUGCUCACUGCUGUAGGCUUGCCACUGAAUGAUAUUCAGCUCGUCCUUGCCGUGGAUUGGUUCUUGGAUCGAUUGCUAACAAGCGUGAAUGUGUUGGGAGAUGCCUUUGGUGCUGGAAUAGUAGAACAUUUAUCCCGUCAUGACUUGCACAAAAUGGACGCAAUUGCAGAGACGGUGUCAGCUGAAGCCGGAAAUGCAUCUGAUAGCAGAAUCGGUUUGACCAGUGAAAAUGGUCACAUAAACGAGUGAAACGCCCGAAUUGGAUAAUAAAUGUAUGCAUGCUAUUAGACGCACCCAAGCAAAUAAGGUUUUUGCCAUUGCAAAAUAUGAUGCCUCACUGGAGUUUAGGCCCUACUACUGGUU